ACGGCUACCAUCAAAACAGCUGAUCCAAAAUACUCCAUGCCUCGAUGGUGCCCAGCGGGAUUGACACGAUCCCAAAAGAGAAAAUUACAGCGCCUAAGAGCAAAGGAGAGCCAGGAGAAGGAGGCGGAAAAGACAUUUAAUGACACACAUCCAUUAUACCCGCCACCGCAAAAGAAAUGGAGACCGAAGGCCGUUGAGAAAAAACAAACGGCCACAGAAAUAGAAAGUCAAUCUGCACCAAACGCGGACCGUCCGGCCCCUACGCGCGGACCGUCCGCCGUUCACCAGGAAGUCUCUGGACAACCUGCACCAGGCGCGGACCGUCCGGCCACCGCACGCGGACCGUCCGCCGUUCACCAGGAAGCCUCAACCGACACGACAACAUCAAUGGAAGAGGACGACCUGCUGGGAGAAGACCUGGUCGACUACGAGGCUUCUCCAGAACACCCAGGUAUGGAUGUAAAUAUUAUUACAUUUUCUGCCGAUUGUACUAUUAUCGGCGACGAUGAACCUGUUGUUUCCCAGUUUGAUUUUGGUCCUAAAGAAGCCGCCUUUACUAAACUAAAAGAAUCGGUAAAUCAUUUAAAGCCGCUCUUCGUGCGCGGCCACAUUGAUGGGAUACCGAUUGCUAAGAUGUUGGUAGAUGGAGGGGCGGCUGUAAAUCUAAUGCCUUAUUCAUUAUACAGAAAAUUAGGUAAACAAGAUGACGAACUUGUCAAGACCAACAUGACCCUCAGCGGUGUUGGGACUGAUAGUUCGAUCAAAGCCAGGGGAGUCACGUCCGUUGAAUUAACCAUCGGGACUAAGACCCUUGCUGCUGCAUUCUUCGUCGCUGAUGUAGAAGGAAAUUACAGUUUAAUCCUAGGCAGAGAUUGGAUUCACGCCAAUCAAUGUAUACCUUCUACAUUACAUCAAAUGCUGAUACAAUGGGUAGGCGAUGACAUAGAACAAGUACAUGCUGAUGUAUCGGCCUGCAUCGCUGUGGCCGAUGCCCCUGUACUCUGGACUUAUGAGACUGCUACAUGUCUCACAGGAGUAGACUUUUCUGAUUAUCAAUUCAUAAGUAUAGAUAAGAAAGGUUUCAUUCCUGUAAUGCUAGAGCCGAUGGAGAAUCGGCUAAAUCCUAAAUAAAGUUAAAUGAUGAAUACACACAAAGUUCAUGAGUCUUUGGUCACGGACAGUUCGGCCGCCAAGGCCGGAUGGUCUGGUCUUUCACAAAAGAGUUCGGACUUUAAGACCGAACAUCUACCACAGCGAAAAGACAGUAUUACGGAUGAUCCGGUCCACGAGACCGGAAAGUCCGCAAUCACACAAAGAUCAUCUGAUUCCUCUGUGGGGGACAUGAUAGAGGAAUUCAGAGAUCUUGAUAAACUAGGACAGGGGUUUACAUCGGCCGAUCCUUUGGAGGAGAUUGACAUAGGAGAUGGUAAAACUCCAAGGCCGACUUUUGUAAACAAGACCCUGGAGACCGAUUCUAGAAAUGAGAUGAUCGGUCUAUUGAAGGAAUAUUCAGAUUGUUUUGCUUGGAAUUACACUGAAAUGCCUGGACUAAGCCGAGAAAUUGUCGAACAUCGGCUGCCUAUUAAGCCUGGUUUCAGACCUUUCAAGCAGAAAGCUAGAACAUUUCGUCCAGAUCUUCUCCCACGAAUCAAGGACGAAAUCCACCGGCUGCUAGAAGCUAAUUUUAUUAGACCUUGCAGAUACGCAGAGUGGGUCUCCAAUAUUGUGCCGGUGGAGAAGAAGGAGUCAGGUAAGCUUAGAGUAUGCAUUGAUUUUCGUAAUUUAAAUAAAGCAACUCCUAAAGAUGAAUAUCCCAUGCCCAUAGCCGACACAUUAAUCAAUAAUGCAUCAGGAAAUAGAAUUAUUAGCUUCCUUGAUGGUAAUGCCGGAUAUAAUCAGAUUUUCAUGGCCGAAGAAGAUGCGUCUAAAACGGCCUUUAUAUGUCCAGGCUUCAUUGGUUUAUUUGAAUGGGUUGUCAUGACAUUCGGUCUUAAAAAUGCUGGUGCUACUUAUCAGAGGGCUAUGAAUCUGAUCUUCCAUGAGUUGUUAGGAAACACUGUGGAAGUCUACAUUGAUGAUAUUGUAGUCAAAUCGGCUGAGUUUAGUUCUCAUAUAGCUGAUUUGCGCAAAGCCUUUGAUAAAAUGCGUCAGUAUGGUUUAAAAAUGAACCCACGUAAAUGUGCUUUUGGAGUGUCGGCUGGUAAGUUUUUAGGAUUUGUCAUCCAUGAACAUGGUAUAGAAAUAGACCCUGACCGAAUCAAGUCUAUUCGGAAUGUGGGGCCUCCGACGUGUAAGGUCGAAGUGCAGAGGUUUCUCGGCAAGGUGAAUUAUUUACGAAGGUUUAUUUCUAACUUAGCCGGGAAGAUUGAUGCCUUCACCCCUAUCCUUCGGCUUAAAAAUGAUGCUGAAUUCACUUGGGGGGCAGAGCAGCAGGAAGCAUUUGAUCUCAUUAAAAAAUACUUGUCUUCGGCUCCCGUGUUAAAAGCACCACAAGUAGGAGCACCAUUCAGAUUAUACAUUGCAGCUGAAGACAAGGUUAUUGGGGCUGUUCUGACACAACAAACUGAGGGGAAGGAGCAUGUGGUGACAUAUCUAAGCCGAAGGUUGGUGGAUGCUGAAACAAGGAUUGAAGCAAUCUCAUGCACCCGCUGUUGCUCACAAGGUUCUUCUAUCCAUAACAAAUUGGCAUCCACAAAAUUACUUGGAUGAUGUACUUCAUCCAUCAGAAGUACAAGAUCGAAUACUCGAACGCUUAGGAAAUGGUUACACAGCUUCUAAUAAGCUGCCUUCCACAGGUCCAGCAGCUUCUCCAGAAACAGCUGCUCAUCCAGCUAAACAUGGCAAGGAUCAUGGAGCUCCCGUUGCAGCACCUUCAAAUGUUAGUCAUCACCAUUCCAUGCCUGCAAAUAUUGUGCAUGGAAAAACUCAUGCAACUCCAGUUGUGGUACCAGAAAAGAGAAGGCAUCACCACUUGCCUGCAAAUAUUACGAAUGUGAAAGGACCUGCUGUUUCUCCCUCAAAAUCUCCCAUCAUCCACAGGAAAGAACAUGGCAUUCCAGUUGCUGCACCGCCAAAGGAACAUUCGAGCUAUUUACCACCUGCAAAUCAUAGACAUCACAAAGGUUCCCCUCGUCCUGCUCCACAUAAAAGUAACAGUACUUCUGCACCAAGCCAUGGAUAUCCUGGUAGUACUGCACCUGCACCUGUACGUUUGCCUCCGCCAAAAGGAAAGGGAGAAGGAAAUUUUGCUCAUGCUCCAAACCAUCCCAAUCAAUACCAUUCAACGUCAUAUUCUCCAGGAUCAGCUCUACCACCUGCGCAUCCACCUGACAUUCCUGCAUUUAGAAAGCCCAAGAUUUUGGCACCAGCGCCUAGUCAAUCGCUGCUACCUCCACCAACAAAUUCAUACUGCACGACGCCCUGCUCAGAUCCUCUGACCAAUAGUCCUCCAGGAAUGACAUGCCUCUGUGUGUUGCCAAUAAAAGUUGAGCUUCGCUUUGGUAUAGCAUUGUACACAUUCUUUACACUUGUCCCCGAACUUGCACAAGAUAUUGCAUCGGGAGUGUUCAUGAAUCAAAGUCAAGUUCGUGUUAUGGGGGCAAAUGCUGCACCUGAUGACCCUGAAAAGACAAUAGUCUUUAUUGAUCUUGUGCCACUGGGACCAAAAUUUGACAAUGCGACGGCAUUUUCAGUAUUUGAAAGGUUUUGUAAUAAGCAGGUCAUCAUAAAUCAUAAUCAUUUUGGAAAGUAUGACGUGUUGUAUGUUCUCUACCAAGGCCUUCCUCCGUCACCACCGGCAGCAAGCAUGAACAAUGGUCUUAGCAAUGUAAAUGGUCCAAGUUUGCAUCCGCUUGCUGCUGAUGUGGGAAAUUAUAGAGAAAGAAAAGGCAGGCACGUUAUUAUAAUAAUUAUUCUAUCAAGUGUGUGUGCUUUUAUUUUAUGUGCUGGAGCUGCACUAGUGCUUUAUUUCAAGCUUCGAAACCACAUCCAUUUAACUGAAGCGUCACUUGUGCCAACAAAACCUACAGGUCCUGUUUCUGCAAUGGUUGGGAACAGGCUAGAAAGCAGACCUAUUUCGGCAUCACCAUCCUUCAGCUCAAGUUUGGUGGCAUAUAAAGGAUCUGCCAAAACAUUUAACCUGGUUGAGAUGGAGAGAGCUACACUAGGAUUUGAUGAGUCCAGAAUUAUUGGUGAGGGUGGUUUUGGGCGUGUCUAUGAAGGUAUUCUUGAGGAUGGAGAACGGGUUGCUAUCAAGGUUUUAAAGCGGGACGAUCAACAAGGUACCCGGGAGUUUUUGGCUGAGGUCGAGAUGCUUAGCCGAUUGCAUCAUAGGAACUUGGUUAAGCUGAUAGGUAUAUGCACAGAGGGGCAUAGCCGAUGUUUGGUUUAUGAGCUUGUUCCGAAUGGCAGUGUGGAAUCUCACUUGCAUGGAUCAGAUAAGGGAGCUGCUCAGUUUGAUUGGAACGCUAGGCUCAAAAUUGCACUUGGUGCAGCACGCGCACUUGCAUAUUUGCAUGAGGAUUCAAGUCCACGUGUCAUACACCGUGAUUUCAAGUCCAGUAACAUCUUAUUGGAACAUGACUUCACCCCAAAGGUGUCAGACUUUGGCUUAGCAAGGACAGCUUUGGGUGAGGGAAACGAGCAUAUUUCAACUCGUGUCAUGGGAACUUUUGGGUAUCUUGCUCCUGAAUAUGCAAUGACUGGCCAUCUUCUAGUAAAGAGUGAUGUUUACAGCUACGGUGUUGUUCUUCUUGAGCUUCUUACAGGGAGGAAACCGGUAGAUAUGUUAAGACCUCCUGGACAGGAAAACUUAGUGGCAUGGGCUGGUUCUCUUCUGACAAGCAGGGAUGGUCUGGAAUCAAUCAUAGAUCAUUCACUUGGGCGCAGCAUUCCAUUUGACAGCAUCGCAAAAGUAGCAGCCAUUGCUUCUAUGUGUGUUCAGCCUGAGGUGGACCAGCGCCCAUUCAUGGGUGAAGUAGUUCAAGCUCUAAAGCUGGUAUGCAAUGAAGGCGGCGAGUUCAAUGAGUCAACCUUUAGCCAAGAUUUGCAUAUCCAAGAUGUCGAGGUUAUGAGUAGAGCAAGUACGGAUGUAGACGUUGACCCAACGCUAUCUGCUGAGCUGUUCACUUCAUCAGCGCGUUAUGAUGCUAUAGAUGCCCCUGGUUCUUUCCGAAGAUACUCAAGUUCAGGUCCUCUAAGAGUAGGGAGAACUGGACUGAACAAAGAGAGGGGCCUGUCAACAGGCAGCUCAAGUGAACACGUUGGGCUACAGAGGUUUAGGAUUGAUGGAGAAUAGUCAGCCUGCAAGCAGCUCAUGAUGAUGUGCGCAUGGAAGAAAUACACAUUGGAUUAUUUUCUUCCAAGCCAGAUUUCAUACUCAUCGUGAAUAGUAUGUGGAAAAUUGAGAAAGGCGUAAAAAUCAGUGUGCCACUGUUCGGUGCUCCCGUCGCCUUCUUUGGAAAGCUCAAACAAGACUUCACACGAAUUUUUGUACAGUUCUAGAGAUGAUAGAUGCUUUUAGGAAAGAAGGGGUGUACACGAGUUUUUCAGCUGUAAUUCCCCACGAACCGUAUUACGUUUCGCCGUAGCAUCAGUGCAAAUCAAUUAAAGGGCGUGCACGCAGUCACCAUUUUGAGUUCAAUGAAAAAAAAUUCAUCCUGAUUGACCGCAA